GGCCCCCCCUACACCGAUGCUCUCGUGAUUAUCUAGGUCAGCUGCGGUCCGACCGGAGGUUAUCACGCCUUUUGGAACAAUUGAUGCAAAAAAGCAGGUGAUCCUGCACUGUGAAACAUACAGCGGGCCUGCCUCGUGUCUGCGUUCAACCUCGAUUGACUUGUUCUCUGCAGCUCCCUAUUGACACGCUCCUACACAAUGUCGAAGAUCUUCAGCACGUACUCCCCAAUUUCUCAGAACAACGAUCGCAAUGGCUCGUCCGACAAAUUGCUUGAAGAUUCGCAUGUUGCUGAGACCGCUCCUCGAAUGGUAGCGAGCCAUUCGACAUGGCAUCGUUACUCGUCAUGGAUGUUUUUGGGCUGCAUCCUUAUCGUGAAUACCAUCGUUGUGCUAGCUUACAUGCUCUCCAGGCCUGAGUGCACGCCGCGAGAUCACUCAUUGUCGAUGUUGUACUCGCCAGCUAAUCUCUCUGUCGAGUAUGAACUUGUGCAGUUCAACGGCACCGUCGGCCUCAAAUCUCCCUACUCUGGUACACCGUCUCCUGAGAUAGACGCAGCUUGGGAUAGGAUCACUACCCAUGAUGCCUUGCAUGUAGUGCGCCUUCCUGCUGACUAUUAUGAGCGGAUGAACAUGCCUGGAAGGCCAUCGAACGUACGCUUUCACGAAGAGGAUGGUGGCGGCUACUUUGGAACGAUGGACAUGUUCCACGUCCUGCAUUGCCUUAAUCUUAUCCGAAAAUACACAUAUUUGGAGUACUAUCCGAAGGUCCAAGAGACUCAGCGGACAAGGCCGUCGUUCUUUCGAGAACAUCUCGAUCACUGCUUGGAGACUCUGCGACAGCACAUCAUGUGCGCCAGCGAUAUCGCGGUCAUCACCUACGACUGGAUCGAAGACUUCGACAAGCCCUUUCCGAACUUCAACAUAGUCCAUCAAUGCCGCAACUUUGAGAAGAUUCUGGAGUGGACAGAGGAAAAUACACUCCAGAUUGAUCAUUCUCAUGUGGUUCGUAUCGGGGAUGAGGUGGACCUUCCGGAGAGCGCUGUUGACUUGGAUGGCGUUCUGAAUAUCAGGAAGAAUGCUACAUUGGUAUAGUUUGUCGGCGACGUAUUGGUUCUUUUGCCAUUGUUGAGCAUGUAUGUUUGGACAGAAGACGAAUUGCAUGAGAAUAUGGUAUGUCAGCCGGUGUGCACGAU